GUAGGUUGCUCCCUGUCGUGUAAGACAAUUUUGUUGGUAGAUUGACAUCCCAAAACGGUUUAGCUGCACACCAAUCAAUCUACCAAAUUAGCGACUGAGUCAUCUCAGAUGGUUUUGGGACAACAUAAGACUGUCAAUGCCCAGUAAAUGGGCUCAAAUAAGAUGCAUGCCCAUCAUCCUGUACAUCAGUUAUCGAGCCCAUCUAGGGAAUUCUUAUUCCUUGCCCGGGUGUUUGCCAUACGAAGGUGCUUUUAAUGAGCCUUAUCCUGUUUAUCUGUCAGGUUUCCCAUCAUGUAGCUCUCAAUAAUUUUAUGCAGGCGUGGAACAUCGUGGGCCAGGAAACAAAUUUUACCCUCAAAGACCAUAGAAGGGAAGUUAAACAUCAACUUCAACUUACGACAUCGCUUUGAAGUAACACUUCCCUUUAUUUGAAUGUUCAUCGUUUCCUGCAAGAUGAAGAGAAAUAAAAAUUAGUGAGCGGCAUACAGUGGCCGGGAUUUAUGGAUUUCAUGAAUUUGGAGGCCAAAAAAUGGAUGAAUUUGGUUGGAUUGUUGUGGAUUCAGGUAUUUACUGGUACCAAUUUCGAUUUCUCUGCUUAUUCGACAACCCUGAAGCAAGUGUUGCAGAUCAGCCAGGUUCAACUUAACAACUUGGCCGUGGCCUCCGAUUUGGGGAAGGUUUUUGGAUGGAUUUCUGGUUAUGCAAUGCGGCGCAUGCCUCUCUGGUCCGUUCUGCUCACAGCUACAUCAAUGGGGCUUGUGGGUUAUGGGCUCCAAUGGUUCAUUAUUACAGAGAGAUUAUCAUCUAACUACUGGCAGGUCUAUCUUCUCUGUUUGUUGGCUGGAAAUAGCAUUUGCUGGUUCAAUACGAUUGGUUUUGUUCUCUGCAUUCAAAAUUUUGCAACAAGAAAAGCAAUGGCCCUGGGAAUAUCCACAAGCUACAAUGCAUUGACCGCAGCAGUAUUCGCUUUGAUUGUUAAUGCUAUUGUUCUCAGCAGCGAGACCAUAUAUCUAUUAUUAAACGCUUUGAUUCCAUUGAUAAUUUGCUCUAUUGUACUUACUUUUAUUCAAGAGAUUCCCUCUAGAGAGAAUUCUAUAGAUGAAAGGGCUAUAUUUAUCAUACUAAAUAUAAUUGCCAUGGCUUUGGGUGUUUAUCUUCUCCCCAUUGAUUUUUUUAGUUUUAAUAGCACAUUAUCAUAUAAAUUGUAUGCAAUUGGCAUGGUGUUACUUCUGUUGGCUCCUCUAUGCAUACCAGCCACUGUACAUGUAUGUACUUCAAGAGAAAAGAAUGAUAAUAAUAGCAGGAUUCAAGGUUACUAUUCAAGGAUUCCAGAUGAUAAUGACAAUGGUGGCUUAGACAACGGAUUUCACAGCAGAGGUGAAGAUACGGAUUUGCAAGAAAAUGAAAGGGCACUUGUAAGGGAAGCUUCUGAAGAUUGCAGUGGACAGAGCAGUAUUAGAUUAAACUGGGCACAGCCUGUGCCUGCCUUAGGUGAAGAGCAUAAUAUAUUUCAACUUUUGCGCAGUGUAGACUUCUGGUUAUACUUCUUUAUGUAUCUGUUCGGUGCCAGCCUGGGACUGACCUACAGCAAUAACUUGGGACAAAUAUCAGAGUCACGAGGCUUUUCUAGUUCUACCAUUUUUGUAUCUCUAUACUCUUCAUCCGGUUUCUUUGGUCGUCUUUUGUCAGCAGCCCCUGAUUAUUCUCCAAGGGGUGUUAAUGUGGGAAGGCCUGGCUGGAUGUGCUUAGCACUGAUUCCAAUGCCUCCUUCAUUCUUUUACUUGGCGACAACAGAUUCUGCUGCCUCUCUUUAUUUGAGCACUGCAAUAAUAGGACUGUGUACUGGAUUCAUCAUUGCAACUUCAGUGUCUACAACUCCUGAGCUAUUUGGGACAAAUAGUUUUGGAGUGAAUCACAAUAUUUUGGUGGCCAAUAUUCCGCUAGGAACUCUGCUAUUUGGUUACAUGGCUGCACUGAUUUAUGAUUACAAUGCUCAAAAAAUGGAUUUGGAAGAUAAACUAGGUAUAAUGGUAGUUUGUAUGGGAGUAAAAUGUUACAGGCUCACAUUUAUAAUAUGGGGCUGUAUCUGCGUUGUAGCUUUAAUAUUAAACUGCAUCCUCCUUAUAAGAUCACGGAGGCUAUACAAGAAUUGAUACGGUACAGCAAAAGGAGAAAGAACUCCAUUUGACAAAGAUUUGCAGAAAUAACUUUCUAAAGAGAUUAUUAACAAGGACAUGUUGGAUCCCUCAAAAUGGGCUGAAAGAAUGAUGCAAAAGAGAGUGCUCCCUUCAACAAAGCAGUGUCUUAAUCUGCACAUUGGCAUGAAAUCAUGAGAUUUGAAUGCUAAUUCUUCUGUGCAAAUACAAAAGCAUAGCCAGAUUGCCCCUUAGACGAGUCUAGAAGAAGAGUUUGAUCUAAAACAGUUAUGCAAGUUUAACAUUCUAUUGUUGACAACAAGACAAAGGGCUGGAGGACUCCAGACAUGUGCAUGUGUUGUACGGUAAUUUUAUAAGGGAAAUAUUUACAUCAAUAAUAGCAACAAUAUUAUAGCAUAUGCUGGUCUUUCAAAGCUUCUGAUGUUCAAUGAUGUAUUCUUCCUUUUAUACCCGCAUAUACCAGUUUCUAGUAUUGAAAGAACAUCUACAUCGCUGAUUAGCCUACAGUUAUCUUCUUAGUGCCUUUCAGAACAAAACUAAUAUCAAGAUGGGUUUUGAGAGAACAAGAGAUAUACAUUAUCUUAGAAAAGAUUGAUUCACAUAUACAUUAUUUGGGCCUACAUGUGUUCUAAAGGUGCCAUUUAUUCUCCUUGAUUGUAACUCCAUCGUCGACUACCUAAUUGUUGUGUCAUGAGGCACUCAACCAAGACCAAAUGUGCACUCAUCAUGACUCUUUUCAGCAAGUCUCACGUGCCAUCUACAUCAAUUUCUUACACAUCGGCACACCUUUUCACAGGUAGUAGAUUUUCAUGUUGAUGUUGAAUAUGCUAAAACAUGAUAUCCAUUCUAAGGUCUCCUAUAUAUUGCUUCAAGCCAAUUUGGUUGCA